AUGUUUUUUCGACAUCUCCCUUUGCGUCUAUAUCGUCGUCGUAAUAGAUUUGUAGUAAUACUUUUUAUUAUCGUUUUUAUUAUAUAUUUAUUCAAUGACAGUAAUAAUAAUUCAUCAUUAUCAAAUACAACUUUAGCUAGUAGACAAGCUAGAGAUAUUAGAGAAAAUAAAAUACGCAUUAAUCGAGAAACAUAUACAAUACCUGAACCAUGUCAUGGUUGUCCAGGAGAGAAUGGACAAGGUGUGUCUUUAACGGCUGAAGAAUCGAAAAAUUUAGAUGCAGUUAUGAAGAAAGAAUUUUUUAAUUUACGUGCUAGUGAUAAAAUUUCAUUAUGGAGAUCGAUACCUGAUACUCGAGAUUCAUUAUGUAAAUCAGUUGAAUAUCCAUAUGAUUUACCAACUACAUCAGUUAUAAUUGUAUUUAAAAAUGAACGUUGGUCACCAGUACUUCGAACUGUUUAUUCAGUUCUUAAUCGUUCACCAAAACAUUUAUUAAAAGAAGUUAUUUUAGUUGAUGAUCAAUCGGAUAUUGAGGAAAUGGGUCAACGCUUAGAUGAUUAUUGCGAAGAACAUUUUGGAGAAUUAGUUAGAGUAUUACGAUCACCAACGAGACUUGGAUUAAUUAAAGCAAAAAAUUAUGGUGCAAAAAAUGCUACCGGUGAUGUUGUUGUCUUUCUCGAUGCUCAUUGUGAAGCAAAUGCUGGAUGGUUAGAACCACUUUUACUUCGAAUUAAAGAAAAACGUUCAGCGAUUUUAUGUCCAAUGAUUGAUAUGAUUAGUGAUAAUAAUAUGGCAUACGGUGGUACAGGUGCCGGAAGUGUAGGUGGUUUUUGGUGGUCAUUACAUUUCAAUUGGAUAUCAAUUCCACCACGAAUACGUGAUGCACAAAAGUCAAGAAUUGAUCCUUAUCCAUCGCCAACUAUGGCUGGAGGUCUUUUGGCAGCCGAUAAAAAAUAUUUCUUUGAAAUUGGUGGUUAUGACGAAGAUAUGGAAGUUUGGGGUGGUGAAAAUUUAGAAAUCUCAUUUCGUGUAUGGAUGUGUGGUGGUAGUCUGGAAUUUGUUCCAUGUUCUCGUGUUGGUCAUAUCUUUCGACCAGGUCAUCCAUAUAAUAUGACUGGAGAAAAAGGCAAAGGUGAUGUACAUGGUAGAAAUUCAAUGCGUUUAGCUGAAGUUUGGAUGGAUGAUUAUAAACGUUUCUAUUAUAUGCAUCGACAUGAACUUCUUGGUAAAGAUUUUGGUGAUGUUGAAGAACGUCGUGCUAUUCGUACUCGUUUAAAGUGUCAUUCAUUUAAAUGGUAUCUUGAUAAUGUAUAUCCAGAAAAAUUUAUUUUAGAUGAAAAUGUUCUUGCAUAUGGAGAACUUAGAAAUUCUGCUUCAAGUUUAUGUUUAGAUACAUUAGGUAAAGAUGAAAAAGGAUCAUUAGAAAUAGCAGUUUAUUCAUGUCAAAAUGGUGUAUCAGCUAAUCAAUAUUUUACACUUUCAAAAACUAAUCAAUUACGUCGAGAAGCUACAUGUGCAGUUACGACCAAUUCAAAAUCAGUUGUUCUAACUCAGUGUGAUUACAGUGAUCAGAAACAAACAUGGACACAUGAAAAAUAUGGAUUCAUUGUUCAUCAUCCAAGUAAUCUUUGUCUUGAUGUUGAAGGUCUUUCAAAUAAUGAUCCAGUCAAGUUAAAUGAAUGUAAAAGUAAUAAGCCAUCACAACAAUGGUUAUUUGAACAUUAUUCGGCAUAA